CCGCAAAAUGGCUCCGCGCGAUGCGUUUGGCCAUCGUUUGUUGUUACAUUUCGCAAAAGUUAGAAACUUUGUAAACUGUUGAACAAAAUUGACAUUUUGUAUCAGGAGGACAUGAGCGCGGAAGAGGUGUUCUUUAUUUUGCACAAAAACAGAGUCCCGCGAACGCGCGAUUUUUGUUGCCUUUCACUCGCGAAUUCGAGCGGCGGCUAUCUUUUUCCGCAUUCCCGGAUCGCCUGACUAUUCUAAUGAAUAGUUUCGCGGAUUAAGCACUCUUCGAACUAUUUACCGUUUCCUGUGCGACGCUUUCAAAGGUUAUUCGCUCGCUUGAACUCGGAAAUCGAUAAUUAAAUCGAUUCUUCUUGGGGGAAUUACGAGAUAUUUUGAUCGGGAGGAUCGAAGAGAGGCUUUUCGGAAUGAUUUAUAAAUCAUUAAGGUAUAAGAAGUUUAAAUUUGUACACGGAUGUAGGGUAAAACUGUAAUAUUGUUUUGUACACGUCUCUUUGUUGGAACUAUUUCUUAUGGGUUUUUAUGGUGCAAAACAUAAAGAAGUGAAAUGUAAUUUGUGGUUUUUCGUUAUGGAAUACUAGGAGAAGGUAAACAAAUUAAUGAUGUUUUGAUGUAUGACUUUAUGAAAGUCGAAUACCUCGCUUAAUUGAUUAAAGAUGUUAAUGGUAUAAUGUUCGAAGAAUGGGUUGAGGUGUUUGUAUAUAUUUUUGUAUAUUGUUUACCUUGUUUCCGUUGAGUAUCCUUGGAUGUAGUCUGCGGACACGUGGAAUGUAAGUUUGACAUUAGUCACGUGCAUAAUCACGUGUUCGAGGGAAGCUGAAAAUAAUUUACAUGUAAAAGCAUCAAAUUUUGAAAUGGACGCGAACAAUGAGUCGGAUUUACAAAAGUUGUUCAGUGAAUCGUUAAUCAACGAUGAUGUUUUUACGGUAGCGACGACUGUGGACACAGGUUUCGAAUGGCAAGCGGUGGAUGAAUGCAAAGAAAAAUUGAAUAAAAAUGUUCAGAUUGUUAAGGAGCGCGGAAAAAUCUUCUUUAAUAUAUAUCGGAAUCAAUUUGAACAAGUACAACAAAUGAGAUCAAUAGAUAAUAUAUUUAUAAUUGCCGAUGUAAGAAAAUUUGAGUUUACUGGGUCUGGUAAAGAAGCUGAUCUUCAGCUAUUUAAAGAUUCAGUUCACAAUAGUAUGAAAUUAGAAAAAAGCUUAGAUGCUUGGAAAUCUAUUACUAGUUUCCAAGGGAAAAUAUAUCCCACUAUUGAAGAGUAUAAUAUAGCAGAAAAAGACCGCAAACUUUCAAAUACAGUUACCUCUGUCGCAACACAUAAAGGUAGAAAAAGAGGUCAAGAUCCAUCUGAAGCUAAAGAAAAUGAAAUUCUCAGAUACAGAGUAACAUGUGAAAGAAGUGGUAAUCACUCAUUUGAAUCGGCAGAUGUUGCUAGAGCAAUUGGAGGAGAAUUACAAGAUAAAUAUUGUUGGCUUGUGGAUUUAUCUACAUAUUAUUUAGAAGUUGUUUGCAAAUUAACUGACAAUGAACUGGUAACACAUUUACGCGUUACUCAUGAAUCUAAGCAUCGUAGAAAUAUUAUGUGUUUUGGACCAACUACUCUUAGGGCAACUGUAUGUUAUAACUUACUACAAUUAGCUCAACCUAAAACAGGAGAUAUAAUAAUUGACCCAAUGUGUGGUGGUGGAUCUAUUCCAAUAGAGGCUGCUUUAGUUUACUCUCAGUCUUAUGUUAUUGGUGGUGACAAUCAUAUAAAAGCUGUAACUAGAACAAGGUCUAAUAUUGAUGCAUCUGCCUCUAGAUGUAAAAUUGAUUUAAUAAAUUGGAGUGUAUCACAAUUACCACUUAAGGAUUGUUAUGUUGAUAUUGUUGUCUCAGAUAUGCCAUUUGGAAAAAGAAGUGGACGAAUGGUAGAUAACAGAAUACUUUAUAAACAAUUUUUGAUAGAAUUAGGACGAAUCCUGAAGACAUCUACAGGUCGAACAGUUUUGCUUACUUACGACAGACGCAGUUUUAAUAUGGCUUUGCAAACAGCUGGAGACAUGUUUUGGGUAACAAAAAUGCUAGGUGUAAAUAUAGGUGGUCUACAUGCUGCUGUUUAUGUUAUGAAAAGGACCAAUGUACUUUAUGAGAAAUAUAAAUCUAAAAGCAGCAAACGUAUACCUCCAAAAAUAAUUGAAGGUAGAAAUUUGUAAGCUUUGUUAAUUUAUAUUACAAAAGAAAUUCUAAUAUUUUUGUUAUAAGUUAAUAUUCAUAAGAGUUUAAUAAAACAGAAUUUUUAUAUUUCUUAUAAAAA